UGGCUGGCUUCCUUGUAACACUGGCGGGCCGGAACUUUAGUGGAUAGGAACCGGUGUUCUCUGUUCCGUGUUGUCGGCCGGCGUCGAGUCAUCAGGAUGCGGUUCGCUUCCUCUCGCCGUCGCCCCCGCGGAGCAAAGCCGAGCUAAUCUGCCUGGAGAGCGCGGCUGCCAGACGGGUCGGGUCUAUGGUGGCUCCGCGGGCCCCUUUGCCGGCUGGUGCUCGUUUUUCAGGGCAAGCUGUGUCCCAUGGCCGGAAACUUUUGGCAGAGCUCCCACUAUUUGCAGUGGAUUUUGGAUAAACAAGAUCUGUUAAAAGAGCGCCAAAAGGACUUAAAGUUUCUCUCAGAAGAAGAGUAUUGGAAAUUGCAAAUAUUUUUUACAAACGUUAUCCAGGCAUUGGGUGAACACCUUAAAUUAAGACAACAAGUUAUUGCUACAGCUACUGUCUAUUUCAAGAGAUUCUAUGCCAGGUAUUCCCUGAAAAGUAUAGAUCCUGUAUUAAUGGCUCCUACAUGUGUGUUUUUGGCAUCCAAAGUAGAGGAAUUUGGAGUAGUCUCAAAUACAAGAUUAAUCACUGCUGCUACUUCUGUAUUAAAAACUAGAUUUUCAUAUGCCUUCCCAAAGGAAUUUCCUUAUAGAAUGAAUCAUAUACUAGAAUGUGAAUUCUACCUUUUAGAACUAAUGGAUUGUUGCUUGAUAGUGUAUCAUCCUUAUAGACCUUUGCUCCAGUAUGUGCAGGACAUGGGCCAAGAAGACAUGUUGCUUCCCCUUGCAUGGAGGAUAGUGAAUGAUACCUACAGGACGGAUCUCUGCCUACUAUAUCCUCCUUUCAUGAUAGCUUUAGCUUGCCUGCAUGUGGCUUGUGUUGUACAGCAGAAGGAUGCCAGACAGUGGUUUGCCGAGCUUUCUGUGGAUAUGGAGAAGAUUUUGGAAAUAAUCAGGGUUAUAUUAAAACUAUAUGAGCAGUGGAAGAAUUUUGAUGAGAGAAAAGAGAUGGCAACUAUUCUUAGUAAAAUGCCAAAACCAAAACCACCUCCAAACAGAAGCUCCCUGAGUGACUCUCCACUAGUGGCAGGGCCGGAAGCUGCAAGAUGAUGGUGGACAAGAUAAGGCAAUGCUCCUAUUGCCACAGUUACUGUGAAGGAGAGCAGGGUCCAAAUGGAAAUCAGAACUCUAGCUACAGCCAAUCUUAAAACAUUGUGAAGAAUUCCAUAGUGGAGCACUUGGAAAUAAGCCCUGGACAGAUUUCAGUAAUGUCUGCAGUGGAACACACAUGAAAGUGAAUAGCUUGUUUCCAUCAAGCAUAUUGGGAAAUGAUUGCAUUAAGACAGGAAACAUGAAACAUAAUUUGUUUAUAAAUUUGCUUUCUCUUUGGACAUUAAGGGACCAUAAAAAUGCACAAAAAGUCAUCAUAUGAUUGUGCCUCCCCCUGAUGUAAAUUAAACUUUAAAAGUGUAUUUAAGGAAUUACUCUUACAAAAUUCUGGAUUUUUUACAAAGUGUUAUCUUAUUCAAUAAUUUUGGUAUAUCAUCACAGAAGAUACUAGCCCAGCCUACCAGAAAAGUGCAAUAUGUAUAGCAUACUUGACAUUUUAAAGGUUGUAAUAACUCAGUAAUCAUGUUAAAAGGCUGGGAAACCUUUUUUAAAACUUCAUCCAUGAACUGGGGUGUGGUGGGUCACAUCUAUAAUUCCAGCACUUGAGAGGCUGAGGUAGGAGGAUCACUGAGUUCAAGGCCAGCCUCUGCAUGGGGUGGAGUGAGAACCUACCUCAAUAAAUAAGUGAAUGAAUAAAGCUCAACAGGUAAAUUAUUUGCAGUUAAUUUACAUGUAAUUGGUAUUUGAGAUUUUUAUUUGACUAAAUAAUGUUGAAGUUCAAUAAAAAUUUAAUGUUUUUAAUCUGUGAGAAAGUUUCAUGAGACAUCUACACCCUAAUUUAAUUUUGUGUCCUAGUGUGAACUUAAAAUACACAAGUGUCUUGAGCAGGAAUACAAUCAGUUUUGAGGCCAGGUUGAUGCUGGCCAUCCUAACUCCAUGAGUGUAGAGUGAGUGAAUGUAUAUCACAGGAUGCGCUGUCUGUGGACCUUCCUUUAUUGUUCUUCACGCUGAAGGACAGUGAGAAAUACAAUUGGAGUUGUGGGGUAUUAAUGUAUAGUUUAAGGAUUCAGGUUUUUUUUUUAUACAUCAUGAAAAAUGAAUUACUUAGUGUUGGCUUCCUAGUUAAAGUUGCAGUAAUAAAAUUUUCCAGCUUUAUGACUAGUGUCUUGAAAUCAUACUUUUGAAUUUGACUUUUUUGUCUUUCUUUAGAUAAGUGUUAAGUUAAAGCAUCCUAUAUUUUGUGAAGAGGUAACCUCAUAAGUUUUAUUAACAAACGUUAAAGGAAGUCUUACUUCCUUAUGAAGAAUAUCAUAUGAGCUAGAAAAGAGACAUUGUAUGGAAUCAGUACCAGUCCACUGUGUCUCCUAAGGUUAUGAGGGCAAGAAAGAAAGCACUCUCCUCAGAUCAAAGGAAUUAGUCCUGAGUUUUGUUUGGAUAUGCAGAAUGAUUAUCACAAUCAUUAGCUAUAAUUUUUAUUUUUAGGUUUUUACGUAAAGUUAAAUGCAUUGUGCCUCAGUUUUGUUUGCAACCUCUUAUUAUGGAAAAUUUAAAUUAUAUGAGUAGAUAAAGCAGUGUAAUGACCCUCCAGCAACAGUUAUCCAUUCCAUAGCUACUUUUAUUUUACUUGAACUCCCACACCACUUUCUACAACUUGCAUAUUACUUUGAAGCAAAUCCCAGGCAUACCAUUUCAUCCAUGAAUAUUUCAGUAUGUACUCUAAAAGAUAAUGGCUCCUUUAAAAAAUUACAAAAGUAUUAUGCUUAAAAGUUAACAAAAUAAUUUCUUAAUUAUCAAAUAGUUCAGAUUUUUUCAGUUCCCUGAUAAUGUUAAAACUUAAUUCUAGUAAAAUUUAAGUAUGGACAACAUGUUGCAAUUCAUUGAUAAACCUUUGUAUUUUUAAAUUCAAGGAUUCUUCUUCAUCUCAUUUUUAAAAUUCCCUUUUCAUUUGCUGUCCACUGGGAGUUUGCCACAACCUGAGUUUUGCUGGUGGCAUCCUUGGCAUGCCAUUGAGCAUGUUCCUUUCUCCUUCAUGUUUCUGUAAGUUGGUAAUUUAUCAUCAAGGCUGAUCAUAUUCUUUCUUUCUUAGGAGUACUCUACUAUAUAAGGUUGUAGUCUUUCCUACUAGAGGCAUAUAGUGGCUGUUGGUCUCUUCCUGUGAUUUAUCAACCAUUGGUGAUAAAUACUGUUUUUAGAUGUCAAUUACUAUUGAAGGCUACACUGUCCAGUAAUAUGGCCACUAGCCACUUGUUGGGUAUUGAACACUUACGAUGUGGCUCACCUAAAUAGAGAUGUGCUGUAAAUGUGAAAAUACACAUUGGAUUUCAAGUAUUUAACAUAGAACAAGAAAUGUUAAAAACUCAAUUUGUUUAUAAUGAUUACAUGUUUUAAAUGACAAUAUUUUGGGAUACAUAGAAUUUAAUAAAACAUUAUUCAAAAUAA